AUGGGUGAAGACAUCAAAAAGUUGCAACGAAAGAUGGGCGAUGGAUCAAAUCAUGGCAAUGCAAACAAUACAUUGGGACGAAGACUAGGUCCAACCGAUGAUCUAUGGACAGAGGAGAAGGCGGUGACACUGGCCUCGGUUGCGGCCGCAACCGCAGCAUCAGCGUCCGCAUUGGCGAGUAUUGCAGCCGCCUUGAUACUGCAGGCCAAUGGACAAGCGGAACGAGACCCUGAAGAGCUGGCAAACCUUCUAUCUCAAGCUGCCUUGGCAGCCUCUGCGACCACGUCCUCGGCUUCAACAAUGGCAGCAUUGAUUUCGCAAGAGAACAAGGGAGCCCCCGACGAUUUGACGGAAAUGACAGACACUGAAGAUGACGGUAGCAAGUCUUACUCACUUGAUGCAUUGGUAGCCAACUGA